CCCAGAAACUUCCACAUGGCAGGGGCACAACAACAACAACAACAAAAAUUAAUGUGAUCUCAUUUUGUAGUUAUAAACUGGUGCGGUCCAGAAUUAUAAUAUCCUAAAAUUUGUUUUAUUAGUGUGUUAGUUUAUAUCCUUCCAACCCCACACAGGCUUAUUCAUUUAUGGAACUGUCAGCUAGGGAUCCUGAAGGAAAGGGAGGGGGCUGGUUAUCUGAGCUGGGAACAGGCAGGCAGGGAAGGCUGAAAGGGAUUCUGUGGAUUCCAGGGAUUGUGGCCUACUGCCUCCUCUCCCCGCUCUUCCCCUCUCUCCCUUCUUUUUCUCUCCUCUCUUCAUUCAAAACAGGUGUUUAAUGAGCACCUGUUAUACACCAGGCCCUAUUCUAGGCAGCAAGCACACAGCAGGGACCCUUGAGCAAUAAGCACUGGAUUUUGAACCCAACAUCCUUGGUUUCUUGCUACCUCCUUGUGUUCUUGGAUCCUAGAAAACUAAAGCCCUCCUCUGACUCCACUUUACAAUGGGGGCUUAAACACCAUCUUGGGCUCAGGCCCCACCCCAGUAUCCUCACUAAAUAUGCCCACCAUACCAGAUGCACUGUACCUUCUCUUAGCAAAUAUGGUGCACUGGCUGUGUGGCAAGCACUGUGUUGGGUGCUGGGGACACCUCACUGCACAAAAGAAACCAGGAUUUUGCCUUCUUAAGGCUGACAUUCUCCCUGGAGGAGAUGGACCAUAUACACUGAUUAUAAGCUGGUGUUCCUUCAGUGUCUUCUGAUAGAAAGGUCUCUAUCCUCACCUUCUAAAACAUGUCACCCCACUUUCUUGUUCCCCUGAAGCAGUGCUCCCCAGGCUGCUGGCCUCUGUGAGCUUUGGUUUCCUCACUGGUGAAACGGAGAUGGCUAUGGUAAGAGUGAACAGAAAACUGGUGGCUCUGGCAGUGUCUAGUCAUUUGUGGAGCCUGCUGGAACUGCAUAGUCCUGAGGCCAGCUGCAAAGGUUCUCAUUAGGUAUGUCUGGGUUGGGCCCAGCAGUCUGCCCCAAGCCCCUGGAUGAUUCUGAGGCAGGUGGGCCUGCCUAGAACCACUCCAACCCCACAUGGAGAGCACUGUACCAGAUGAUGAAUAUGACAAGGAGGGCAUGCUCUAAAUGUCAAGUGUGUUGAUGCUGCACGGGGAGCUCUGCGUGAGUAUAACUGGAAUGACUGGCCUGGUGAGCCAGCUCUGGCAGGGUGGGAUGACCAGGAGGAUGCAGUCAUUGGUCACCUCCUGUUGGAAACCUAAUUGAUAGUCCCAGUUGCUGCCCUCUGGAUCUACUCUUGUCUUUGUGCUGAGGCUGCCCUCAGCUAAUGACUGAGCAGAGUGGGGGUGCUAAUGCAGCUCAUUUGCAUGGGACCUAGCUGCUUUAAGGGGAAAUUUCAGCUUGAGGCUUCCCCAGUGCCCUGGCUGAGGAAUUCUGACACUUCCUGUGCAAUCUUCUUUCCUUCUCCCAUGCUUUUCAGGGUCUAAAGUCUCUCUCUGCCAUCUUCUGCUCCCCCUUUUAUUCUUCACAGGUAUUAUCCCUAAUAAAUCUUUUGCAUGUCUAGUCCCUUCCUGACAUCUUUUCUCUCAGGACCUGGAACUCUGUACCUGACUUGGUGUGUGACAGCAGAACAGCCUCCAAUAGUGCCCUGUGUGUUGCCACUCUCCUUCCUGGUGGCAGCAGUGCCUGAGCAGUGGGAUCAUGUGCAUAAGGGAGGCAAGGGCUGGCCCCUCCAAAAUCAUUUUAUCCCCAUCUUGGACAGGCCUGGCACAGCCUGGUACAGUGGUUCAGAGCUUGUCAUGCUUCGAAUCCCAAUUCUGCAUGAAUCUUCGCAAGGUACUUAACCCCUCUAUGCCCUGAAGCUGUAUGUCUAUAGUACUCCUCUCACGAGCUAUUGACCCAAAAGUUCCAUACUGCCCUGCUGGUAGGGUCUCUGCCUCACAGUAAUGUGCUAAAAUUUAAAGAGUGCUGGGCAAGUACAGUGCCCCCCUUCCCCCUGACCUGCCUAGAACUAGUGUUCUGUGGCUUCUGCCAUCAUUUUGGAUGAACAGACCAUGAGGUACAUGGGAAACACCCUGGUUCUAGGCCAGCCCUGCCACUUCUCCAUAGGUCAUGUUCGUUCUUUAUUUCUUGGUUUCUUCAUCUGUGAACUCAAGAAGUUAAACAUCUCCUUAGAGGUUGGACUGUACUUAUAGCCCCAAGAUUCUGUGAGAAGAUAAUACUCUCAGAAGCUGACUGAUCUUCCAUUCUUUCCCCGAGUGUACAUGAAACGUGUUGUUGGCUCAGCUCUGUGCUGGGCUCUGGGAAUUCAAAAAUGAAAACAGAAAGUCUCUGCCCUCAGCCACUCCUACAGAGGCAAACAUUCCACAGAUGAUUCCUGUACAACAAGGGUUUUGUGAUCCCCUAGAGAUGAAAGACUUCUGCCUUGGUUUUUACUAACAUUUUAUAAUGGGAAGUAGGAGAGGUGCAGGAAGUAGUUUCCUGAUAGUGUUUGGCUCAGAGAGGAAGGACAAUGUGUUUCAAUGUCCCCUACUUUAAAAAAAAAAAAGAGAGAAAAAAAAGUAUGUUUAUUUUCAUUAAGAAAAAGAAACAAAAAUUGUGGAAGUUAAACUGGUAGGCAGAGUUUACUUUUCUUUUACAGGUCAUGAGGCCAGUUAAUGAUUAGUGAGACCCAAGUGGAUGUUUGGUAUUCGAAACUGUGAGAGGCUGGGUUAUGGGAUCUCUUUGGCAUUAGUGGUCGGCUUCACCCCAGCUCUGAGUCUUCCAGCUCAGCAAUGCCCUCAGGCCUCUGUGAAAGAUGCUUCUGGUCAUGGGGACUCCUUCUGUGGUUCAGUGUUGGAACUACAGGAGAUGCACCUCCUACCCCACAGAAAAAGUGCACUGACUUCCAGAAUGCUAAUCUCCUCCGAGGCACCAGUCUCAAAGUCCAAUUUCUCCUCUUCACCCCUUUGGAUCCUGGCUGUGGGCAGCUAGUGGAAGAAAGUAGUGACAUCCAGAAUUCUGGGUUCAAUGCCACUCUAGGAACCAAGCUAGUUAUCCAUGGAUUCAGGGCUUUAGGAACAAAGCCUUCCUGGAUUGAUGAAUUCAUUGGUGCCCUUCUGCGGGCAGUAGAUGCUAAUGUGAUCGCCGUGGACUGGGUUUAUGGCUCUACAGGCGUCUACUUUUCAGCCGUGGAAAACGUGGUUAAGCUGGGUCUCGAGAUAUCCCGUUUCCUCAGUAAACUCCUGGUGCUGGGUGUGUCAGAGUCCUCAAUCCACAUCAUUGGUGUCAGCCUGGGGGCCCAUGUUGGGGGCAUGGUAGGACACUUCUACAAAGGCCAGCUGGGACGGAUCACAGGCCUGGACCCUGCUGGACCGGAGUAUACCAGAGCCAGUCUGGAGGAGCGCCUGGACUCUGGAGAUGCCCUCUUCGUGGAAGCCAUCCACACAGACACGGACAAUUUGGGAAUUCGGAUUCCUGUUGGACAUGUGGACUACUUUGUCAAUGGAGGCCAAGACCAACCUGGCUGUCCCACCUUCAUUCAUGCAGGCUACAGUUAUCUGAUCUGUGAUCACAUGAGGGCUGUGCACCUCUACGUCAGUGCCCUGGAGAAUUCUUGUCCUUUGAUGGCCUUUCCUUGUACCAGCUACAAGGCCUUCCUUGCUGGACACUGUCUGGAUUGUUUCAAUCCUUUUCUGCUUUCCUGUCCAAGGAUUGGGCUGGUGGAACAAGGUGGUGUCCAGAUAGAGCCACUUCCCAAGGAAGUGCCUGUCUACCUCAUGACCACUUCCAAGGCUCCAUACUGUGUGCAUCACAGCCUCGUGGAGUUUUACUUGCAGGAGCCAAGAAACAAGGACACCUGCAUCACGGUCACCUUCCUUAGCAGCAAUGUCACCUCCUCAGUCAAGAUCACCAUUAAAAAGACGGUCUGCUUACCUGAGCCAGUGAACUUACAAGCAAGUGAGACUGUUUCUCGUGACCUGAAAAUAACCUGUAUAUAGUAUAAAGCAGGAUACAAUUCUCUGGAUUGGGGUGGGGCUGGUGGGGGUGGGGCUGGUGAGGGUUCAACUUAUUCUAAGCCAUUACUACUAAGAAAGAAUGCAGAAAUCUUGGUUAUUUCCCGCAUAACUAGCCGCCUUAGAGAGUACAGAUAGCUCAUUUUAUAGGGCUUUAUCUCCAUUGUCAAAGAGCCUUACAAAGAUGCCAUUUCAGCUUUCCUAUUCAUACUUAACUGCAGUUGUCCCAUAUCCUUGGGCCUCUAUACCUAGGAGUCAAUAGAAACGUAUAUGGAGAAAAGGCUUUUUUUUUUUUUUUCCCAAAUAAAACUCCAUGGAGUAUCUGAAUCA